CAUCGGCAAUCCAUCAUCAAUGUGAAGAUGGGCCUUUCGCAUCUUGCGCGCUUUGUGAAUCAACUACUAUCGCUCAUUAUAGCCGCGACUAUCGUUAUAGGCGUAUCGGGCAAGAGCCUGGUCUACGACACCAGGAACCAAUAUGUCCUCAUCGCCGCAGAACCGCACCAUCCUUUCAAACCCCCUUCAAAUCAAAGCCUUUCUCUUUCCAACAUUGACUAUACUGAAGCCCUACAUGACCUCCACGCGGCGAUCGAGGUGAUGCAAACCGAAUACUUCUCCCUAUGGCUCGGUGAAUGGACGAAAGCUAUCGACUGGACCGGCGCUGUCAUCAAUACUCAUUUCAUUGCUGCACUCUCAUCUUUGUCAAACUCACUGGCAUACACAUUCCCUCGCACCCCGAACGAGACAUCCUACCCAGAUAGCGAAGCCCAGCGACUGGAGAACGAGAUCAACAAGUACUUCACUCACAGCAUUGGAUACUACUUCACCGAAGACAUUCUGUCAAUCCGCAACGAAGCUUUCGAUGACAUGCUAUGGGUAGUCCUCAACUGGCUCGGCAGCAUCCGGUUCAUCGACUCGCACUCGAAGACGCAUUACCCAUCCUCCACCACUGUCAACGACGCACUCGAGGAUUCGAAUGCAACGGAUUGGUGGCACGCUCGACAAUUCGUCUCAGCCUUUGCACACCGCGCUCGCGUCUUCUACGAGCUCGCAGAGCAAGGCUGGGACGAGACGCUCUGCGGCGGUGGUAUGCUAUGGAACCCUAGACUCGACCCUUACAAAAACGCAGUCACGAGCCAACUCUUCAUCGCUGCGAGCGUGGAAAUGUACCUCUACUUCCCAGGAGACAACAAUGAUUCUCCGUUCUCGCAAGACCGUCCAUCCCCCCAUCAUCGUAGUGACAUGCCUAACCUAAUUCUCCAAAACAAGGAAAAGUACCUAGCAGCCGCGAUCAGGGGCUACGAAUGGCUCAGGAACAUCAACAUGACAAACACCGCGGGACUAUAUGUAGAUGGCUACCAUAUCAGCAAUUUCUCUGCAGAUCCUGUUCAAACGACAUGCGAUGAGCGCGAUGAGAAGGUGUACACGUACAACCAAGGCAUUAUCCUCUCCGUGUUACGCCAUCUGUUCGAAGCAACGGGGAAUUACACGUAUCUCUACGACGGCCACAAUCUGAUUCACAACGUCAUCAGGGAGACGGGGUGGUGCAACUCACCCGAGAACCCAUCCUCCUCCUCCACCAACAGCAGCAACAACGAAAGAGAAGGAAUCGGAGGGCAGCUAGGCUCCUCAGGAAUCCUCACUGAAACUUGCGAUCCAGAUUCCUCGUGCACCCAAGACUCGCAGACUUUCAAGGGCAUCUUUUUCCAUCACUACACUAUUUUUUGCUUUCCCCUCUCUCCAUUUCCUGAACCUCUGGAGGGGUUUCGUGGGAUUCCGAUCUGGCAUCAGACGAGCUGCUCAGGAUAUCUACCUUGGGUUCUACAUAAUGCGCGUGCGGCGAUGAGGAGUCGGAAUCAGAGGGGUGUGUUUGGGGGCUGGUGGGGAGCCAGUGGUGGUGGUGAUGGUGAUGAUGAUGAUCCGAAUGAGCGGGGGAAAGGGAGGACGGUUGAAACUAUGAGUUCCGGGUUGGCGGCUUUGAGGGCUGCUGUUGAGGGGUUGAAAGAGUACGGGGUUACAGAUACUAGUGUAUAUGAGUAG